AUGUUUGACAAGCUAAAGAAGAAGCUACACCAUCAUAAGAACAAAAGCCAUGCUGCCGAUGCACCUGAGUUGCCGAAGGCAGCUGAUGCGAAGGAAAGCUGCAAAUUCGCCGCAGGCCGAUCCAUAGCCUGCGCCACAAUCAAAUGCUUUUGCAAAAGAUCUCUGGGGGGCCGCCCUCCAGAAACUGCCCGCUGCGAAGUAGACUCAACUGAAGAGCAUGAGCUUCGUGAUGUCCAAGCAUGUGAGACUCGACGCAGUGCAGCAGCAGAUGAUCGAAUGAUCGGGAUGCUUGACGCUCUGAAUGCUCCAUUAACACGAGUGGAUAAGAAUGUACAGACUCUUCUUGAAGGGAUGGAGAAGGAAGGGCGCAUUGCAUUGCUGGAAUGGAUUUCGUCGGUGCCGUUUGGCGACCAUCAUGGCAACGUGAAAGAGGGGAGGACACCCGGAACGGGUGAAUGGCUGCUACAAGACAGUGAUUUCUGUAGUUGGGAAGAAGCCAGCUCAUCUGGUAUUUUCUGGCUUCAAGGCUCUCUCAUUGAUCUUUAUCAGAGCAUGCUGAGCGACCCUCCCAAAGAUGAGGGUUUCGCCUUCUUUUACUGCAACAGGAAUGAAGAGGAUCGUGGAAAGGCACUGUCUGUUUUCCGAAGCUAUGUGCGCCAACUUUCCACUACCCCGGCCAGUCCUGAACCAAUCCAGACUGAGUUGAAGGAGGCAUGCUCGAAGGCUCGAGAAAGCGGAUCAAAGCUCAGCUUCGAAACCUGCAAGGAACUAAUUGCUGAGUCUUUGAAAGUGUACCCGAAGACUACGCUGGUGAUUGACGCUCUCGACGAAUGCUCUAUUGGUGGGGAGUACCGGUGUCGCUAUUCAAGCAAGUCACAAUCAAGCCGACAUUCAGACAUUCCUCGAAAUACAAUGGACAACCUCGCCAGAAAGACCGCCUUCAUUGGCCGGAUGAAGGCAAAGAUCAUUGCUAAGCUUCUGGAAGGUUGCCAGGGAAUGUUUCAAUGGGCGUCGUUGCAGGUUCACCAAAUUUUCAGAUGUAGAACUGAAUCAAGCGCUUGGAAGCGGCUAGAAAACCUUCCAGAGGAUCUUCAGAAGGCAUAUGAUGAGAUAUGGAAUGAGAUUGAAGCCUUAGAGGAGCCAGACAAGACCCUCACUAAACGCGCGUUGACAUGGGUAAUGGCCGCACACAAGCCCAUGAAGACCAAUAUGCUCUUAUCUGCAAUCCGUGUUGGUUCAAAAGAUGACGAAGAAUUCUUGGCUGAUGAGAUUGACGCGCAAGGGUUACUAUCACUUUGUAACAACUUCCUUGUGAUUGAUUCGAAGAUGGGGGUGUGGCGUUUCUCACAUGCUUCGGUCAUAGAAUACUUGGAAAGCAGGCACAAUUUGACCCUCCCUCAGGCACAUUGCCAUGCCGCUACUGCUUGUCUCUCGUUUUUCAUCAACGUCUACGAGGAUGAUCUGGAAACUGUGCCUAAUGAAGAGCUGCAGGAUUUCUGGCGGAGCGAAGAGUCCAUUCCAGAUGAAAAGUUCGACAUCAUCGACAUACGGAACCCAUUUCACAUCUACAUUAGACACUACUGGGUCGUCCACGUGCACGGAUCCGGCUGUUCCGAAGAAAGCACGGUGGCAUCCCUUUUGAAGACCUUCCUCGGGGCUCCCGAUGACAGCAGUGUACAAUAUCGGACAUGGUACAGGCAAGUGCGGCUUGAUGCGAGCAUGAAGCCCCUUCUUGACAACUCAACUGGCUGGGACAUCUCUGGCUUCGAUAGCAAUACCUUCAACUACUACCGCCCUCUCCGAGAACUUCUCUAUAUCAAGAUUGGGUAUAUUUAG